AUGGCCUCGCUGUACCAGCGCUUCUCGGGCAAGAUCAACACCUCGCGCUCCUUCCCGGCGCCCCCGGAGGCCAGUCGCCUCCUGGGCGGCCCGGGGCCCGAGGAGGACGGCGCGCGGCCCCAGCCCCCCGCGGCCCCGGCGGCGGCGCCCCGGGAGCGCGGCGGGGGCGCGGGCGGCCGGCCCCGGUUCCAGUACCAGGCGCGGAGCGACUGUGACGACGAGGACGAGCUGGUGGGGAGUAACCCUCCGCAGAGAAACUGGAAAGGAAUCGCCAUCGCGCUGCUGGUGAUUUUGGUCAUCUGCUCCUUGAUCGUCACCUCCGUCAUCCUGCUGACGCCAGAGGAGGACAGCAGCCUCUCGCAGAAGAAGAAGGUCACGGUGGACGACCUGUUCAGUGACGACUUCAAAAUCCACGACCCCGAGGCCAAGUGGAUAAGUGAUACAGAAUUCAUCUACAGAGAACAGAAAGGCAACGUGAUCCUGCGGAAUGUGGAGACCAAUAUUUCUACUGUGUUAAUAGAAGGCAAAAAAAUUGAGUCGCUGCGGGCGCUCCGGUACGACGUCUCCCCGGACAGAGAGUACGCGCUGUUCUCCUACAACGUGGAGCCCAUCUACCGGCACUCCUACACCGGGUACUACGUCCUCAGCAAAAUCCCGCAUGGGGAUCCUCAAAGUCUCGACCCCCCAGAAGUCAGCAACGCGAAGCUGCAGUACGCAGGAUGGGGCCCCAAAGGCCAGCAGCUGAUAUUCAUCUUUGAAAACAACAUCUACUACUGCGCGCACGUCGGGAAGCAGGCCAUCCGCGUGGUCUCCACCGGCAAGGAGGGCUCCAUCUACAACGGCCUCAGCGACUGGCUGUACGAAGAGGAGGUCCUGAAGACCCACAUCGCGCACUGGUGGUCUCCGGAUGGCACGAGGCUCGCCUACGCCACCAUCAAUGACUCCCGGGUGCCCGUCAUGGAGCUCCCCACCUACACCGGCUCCGUGUACCCCACUGUGAAGCCCUAUCACUACCCCAAGGCCGGAUGUGAGAACCCCAGCAUCUCCCUGCACGUCAUCGGCUUGAACGGGCCGGCCCACGACCUGGAGAUGACGCCACCAGACGACCCGCGCAUGAGGGAGUACUACAUCACCAUGGUGAAGUGGGCCACCAGCACCAAGAUCGCCGUGAACUGGCUGAGCCGCGCGCAGAACGUGUCCAUCCUCACCCUCUGCGACGCCACCACUGGGGUCUGCACGAAGAAACACGAGGACGAAAGCGAAGCCUGGCUGCACCGACAGAAUGAGGAGCCCGUGUUCUCCAAGGACGGCCGCAAGUUCUUCUUCGUCAGGGCCAUCCCGCAGGGCGGGCAGGGGAAGUUCUACCACAUCACCGUGUCCUCGUCCCAGCCCAACAACAGCAACGACAACAUCCAGUCCAUCACCUCCGGGGACUGGGACGUGACCAGGAUCCUGUCCUACGACGAGAAGCGGAACACGAUCUACUUCCUCAGCACGGAGGACCUGCCCAGGAGACGCCAGCUGUACAGCGCCAGCACGGUGGGCAGCUUCAACCGGCAGUGCCUGUCCUGCGACCUGGUGGACAACUGCACCUACUUCAGCGCCGCCUUCAGCCCCAGUGCCGACUUCUUCCUGCUGAGCUGCCAGGGCCCGGGCGUCCCCACGGUGACCGUGCACAACACCACGGACAAGAGAAAGCUCUUCGACCUGGAGACGAACGCGCACGUGCUGCGGGCGGUCAGCGACCGGCAGAUGCCCCGGGUGGAGUACCGCAGGAUCGAGGUGGACGACUACAGUCUGCCCCUGCAGAUCCUCAAGCCCGCCACCUUCUCCGACACCGCGCACUACCCGCUGCUCCUCGUGGUGGACGGCACCCCCGGGAGCCAGAGCGUGGCCGAGAAGUUCGAGGUGACCUGGGAGACGGCCAUGGUGAGCAGCCACGGCGCCGUGGUGGUGAAGUGCGACGGCCGGGGCAGCGGCUUCCAGGGGACCAAACUCCUGCAUGAAGUGAGGCGGCGCCUGGGCACCCUGGAGGAGAAGGACCAGGUGGAGGCCGUGAGGACCAUGCUGCGGGAGCAGUACAUCGACAAGACGCGCGUGGCCGUGUUUGGGAAGGACUACGGCGGGUACCUGAGCACCUACAUCCUCCCGGCCAAGGGCGAGGACCAGGGCCCCCUGUUCGCCUGUGGCGCGGCUGUGUCUCCCAUCACCGACUUCAAGCUCUACGCAUCUGCGUUUUCCGAGAGGUACCUUGGCCUGCAUGGACUGGACAACAGGGCCUACGAGAUGACGAAGGUGGCGCACCGGGUGUCGGCGCUGGGAGAGCAGCAGUUUCUGAUCAUCCACGCCACCGCCGACGAGAAAAUCCAUUUCCAGCACACAGCGGAGCUCAUCACGCAGCUGAUCAGCGGCAAGGCGAAUUACAGCCUGCAGAUCUACCCGGACGAGAGCCAUUACUUCCACAGCGACGCGCUCAAGCAGCACCUGCACCGCGCCGUCGUCAACUUCUUCGUGGACUGCUUCAGGGUCCCGGACAAGCCGCCCGCGGCCAGCGCCCGGGAGGAGGAGGACGAGGACUGAGCGGCGCCCCCUGCACAGCAUGCGUGUCCCGCGCGGGCGGCUGCGCUCCGGACCAGCU